AUGCCGUCCUCACCAUCUAGUUCUACGUACACUGCUCCUAUUGCAUCUCCAACUACGACAAUGACAUCAACACACAGCGAGCCGGAGCCAGACAGUAACAACUCGCUCGACGAUAUCUUUGGCUCGUCGCCGGUCGAGCAUCAACAAUACAUAUCUACGGAAGAAAUACCAGGAAACAGGACUUCUCACGUCCCAGCAUCUGCUGCUGCAGAGCCCUCCGACCUCCCCUCCCUGCGCCGCCAACACGUCACAGCCGGAUACCGGGACGGAAUCGCGUCCUCCAAAGCGGAGCAUGUGCAGAGAGGGUUCGAUGGCGGAUAUCCGGUGGGUGCGCAGUUUGGGCUGAGAGUAGGCACGAUUUUGGGGAUAUUGGAAGGUGUUGUGGGCGGGCUAGAAUCGACGUCGUCGGGGACAGGGCCUAUUAAGAAGAAAACAAUGGCGGCAAAGCGCAGUUCUUUGCGGGACGGUACAUAUAAGGAUGGUCUUGGUCCGGACAAGGGUGAGGAAUCACAAGAAGCACAAAUACACAGGCAAAGAAUUGAGAGGAUAAGGCAGUUAUACAAGAAUGCUCUUAAGGAGUUGGAUGUUGAAGCAUUGUUUGGUGGAUUGAAAGCGGAAGAUCAGGAAGGAGGGGAAAUACAAGGCCCCGAUUUCACUGACGAAAGCAGGCCAGAGAAUCGACUGCGGCAUAAGGCUGAUCCGGCCGUUGCUCGAUGGGAGAAACUGGUCGAUGUGACGAAAUGGGAGGAAAGUAUGGAGGCGAUUGAGAGCAUGGAAGAUCAGACUGUCAACACGGCUGAGAAGGAGCUGUGA